GUGUGUGUGUGUCUGUGUGCGCAUCAAUGUGUGACUCUGUGUGUGUGUGUGGGUGGGUGUGGGUGUAACCAAGUGGAAUUUCAACGUUAAACCAUCUGACAAGAGAUCCACACCUGGUCAGGGUGUUUCUACCCAGCAUGCUGUGUGUCUGGCUGGAGUCAAACAGAGAUCAAUCUGCUUAAUUCAAUCGAACUUUCAACCCUUGAUGGAUGAGGAAUGAAAUGAAAGAUGCCAUCGAUUUCCAAAUGUUCUUGUUCAUUUGAGGGCAUUAUGUAAAUCUAAAGAGGAAGGAAGCCAUGCUCAUGCUUGAGCAACUCACUUUCUGGAUGCUCAGAGUCAGCGUUCCCUAAAGACCUCACACUGCCUGAUCGACGCCUCGCGCUGCCAGGAAACAGCGACAGCCUCGCUCAUCCGAGCGCUAAGAAGACAGCUCAGAGAGACCGCAGGGUGGUGAUGCAGCUAUGGAGUUGAGAACUACAGGAAGUGUGUUUGUGGUCUUCCUCUGCUCUGUGGCAGUGGUGCUGGGUCAGGACUGGAGAGUGACUUACACCUUCCAGAGAGUCUGUGCCUUGAGAGGCUCAUCAGUGGACCUGUCUUGCUCCUAUACUUACCCCAGAGGUCUCACAGUCACUACAACAGAGUGGUAUAAAUGGAAGUCUGAUCAAGGAUACACCUACAACAUCCAGGACCAACCAGAGUAUGCAGGUCGUGUGCAGUACCGUGGGGAUAAGGACAGAGACUGCACUCUGACGAUCACAGACCUGAGAGAGUCUGACUCAGCAUCCUACUACUUCAGAUUUAAAACAUACUAUUCAGAAUGGAUGCAUGUCUCAAAAGGAAUCUCUCUCUCAGUCACAGCUCUGCAGGUGACGGUAACAGGACUAUACAGAUAUAAGACCCUGACCUGUAGCUCCACCUGUACUCUGACUGGCUCCAGCUACAUCUGGUACCAGAACAACCAACACCUGCAAGGAGAAACCAGGAACCAGUACAGUAAAAAUGUCUACAGUGAUGAUGUCAACAGCUACUCCUGUGCAGUAGCAGGCCAUGAGGACCUCCGCUCUCCUGCAGUGUGUGUUUCUGGUCAGAACUGCUGGAGUGUGAAUUACCCCACCAGAAGGGUGUGUGUCUUGAGAGGCUCAUCAGUGGACAUCUCCAGCACCUACACACACCCUAGUGACCAUAAGAUCACCAAAACAUUCUGGUUUAAAGGGGAACUAUUUAGUGACCUGAAAGAUUAUCAUGAGUACACAGGUCAUGAAAACAGUGAAAGUAAGGUGAAACACAACACCCUGAGAGUCACAGGCCUAAGAGAGACUGACUCAGCUGAGUACAAGUUCAGAAUGGAAACCCGUGGUGGGGGGUAUUCUGGCUCUCCUGGAGUGCAGCUGACUUUCACAGACAUCAAGGUGGAGAUUGAACAGAGAUCUGUGACCGAGGGAGAUAAAGUCUCACUGACAUGCAAGACCAAGUGUUCAGUGAGUCUCAACACGUCCUGGUUCAGGAACGGAAAACUUGUGACCAACAGAAAGACCCAACAGAAGCUCCUGUACCUGGACCCAGUCAGCAGUGAGGAUGCAGGCAGAUACUCCUGUGCUGUGACAGAACACCAGCAUCUCCGCUCUCCUGAAGAGACUCUCAAUGUCACGUAUAAGCCAAGGAAUGUAUCAGUGUCAGUCAGUCCCUCUGGUGAAGUAGUGGAGGGCAGUUCAGUGACUCUGACCUGCAGCAGUGAUGCUAACCCACCAGUGCAGACAUACACCUGGUACAAGGAGAACAUCACCUCAUCUACAUCAUCUGGACAGAGCUACACCAUCACUAACAUCAGCUCUGAGGACAGUGGACAGAACUACACCAUCACUAACAUCAGCUCUGAGGACAGUGGACAGUAUUGGUGUAGGACUCAGAAUGAUGUUGGUGACCAUACUUCACAUGGAGUUCUGAUCAAUGUUUUAUAUGCCCCAAGAAAGCCCUCAGUGUCAGUCAGUCCCUCUGGUGAAGUAGUGGAGGGCAGUUCAGUGACUCUGACCUGCAGCAGUGAUGCUAACCCACCAGUGCAGACAUACACCUGGUACAAGGAGAACAUCACCUCAUCUAAAUCAUCUGGACAGAACUACACCAUCACUAACAUCAGCUCUGAGGACAGUGGACAGAACUACACCAUCACUAAAAUCAGCUCUGAGGACAGUGUAGGAUACUACUGUCAGGCUAAAAACCAACAAGGAAGAACCAACUCUUCUUCUGUGGUCCUGAAUGUUCACUAUGCCCCAAGAAAGCCCUCAGUGUCAGUCAGUCCCUCUGGUGAAGUAGUGGAGGGCAGUUCAGUGACUCUGACCUGCAGCAGUGAUGCUAACCCACCAGUGCAGACAUACACCUGGUACAAGGAGAACAUCAUCUUAUCUAAAUCAUCUGGACAGAGCUACACCAUCAGUAACAUCAGAUCUGAGGACAGUGGAGGAUAUUACUGUCAGGCUGGGAAUACAGUAGGAGAUGCAAACUCCUCUGUUGUAAUGAACACUCUUGUGACAGGGAUCUCAACAGCUCAGGCUGCAGCAGCAGGAACCACAGUCUCUGUUCUCCUGUCCGUCAUCCUCCUCUCUGCCUGCCUCCUCUGCAGGAAGAAGAAGACUUUAAAACCAUAUUCUGCUUCCAGACAACCAGCAUCUAACAAACAGGGGGAAUCUGGUCCUGUGUAUGACAACAUCUCAGCCUUCGCCCUGAACCCUGUCCCUGCUGUCCAGACACACACACACACAGACACACACACAGACACACACACAGACACACACACAGGCCAGCAGGAUGAUGUCAUCUACACCACUGUCGACUUCACUCGCUCCAAGACCCAGGACGUCCCCCUCUACUCCACCAUCCAAUCAGUGCAGCCCCAGAACCAGGAAGAGGAUGUGCAGUACGCCGCUGUGCAGUUCAACCGGCCCAAUCCUGCCCCCCGAGUCACUGGUCAGACCACCGAGGAUCCAUCUGGACUUUACAGCACUGUCACCAGAGCCAGGACCUGAACACACACACUCUCUGACACACACAAACACACACCCACACACACACUCUUAUACACACAAACACAGACACACACUGUUAACACAUGUAUAUAUGCACACACAUGGACAAACUACAAAAAUACUUUUGGUAUCAUGUUGUGUGUGAAAAACGUGUGUGUUUUUUUUGUUGAAAGGUUGUAAAAAUAAAUAUUUUUCUAUUGCUUUGUUUAUGCUGUGUUAAACCACAUUAAUACCACAGUUGUAUUUUUUAUUUUGUAAGGGUUGACACCUCAAAGUUCAAACUGUACAGCAAGAUUGAUUGAUUGAUUGAUUGAUUAAUUGAUUUAAUGAUGUACCGCUUGUGUGAUUAAGUGUUGCACUCGGCACAAUGUGUUUUUGUAAACAGUAAAAGAUGUCAGUUAA